AUUUUAUUGUUCUGUGUGUAUAACUUCAAAUUCAAGUGCAGCCAACACCAGAUAAAUUGCUUUUUAUUGAUGUUUUUUUGACAUACGGAUCGUUGCAAAUAUAUUUUACGAAUUUAUUCAAAUUACAGCUAAAUUAUAAUGUCCGUUGCAGAAUUCCUUGAAGGUUUGCCUUCAUACAAUGAGAGUAAUUUUUCCAAGUUUCACGUGGAUAGCAACAGUAGAUCAUCUCUUAAAAGGCCAUCAGUAUAUGUACCGACUAGAGACUUACCUUCGGGACAAAUUAUCGUCACUGAGAAAACUAGCAUAUUAUUGAAGUAUAUGCAACAACAUUGGGAUAAAAAAGUAAAUACUUCCUUAAAAAAGAGGGAUUUAACCUCUGAAGAUGAGCCUUCCAGGAAGAGAUCAAGAACUGAGUACCACCAAAAUACAUAAGUUUAUUUUGAUUCCAAAUAAUGUUUAUAUUGUAUAUGCACAAAUUGACUGUUUUAAUUUUAAGGGUCUGUUAAUAAGUGAACGUUUUUCAGAUUGUUUAUUGUAACAAUAAUUUAUUGUAGAUUUCUUUUCUAAGUUUGAAAUUCGUAAUUUUUUGUAUUUCUUUACACAGGAAAUAUGUAAGCAAUAGAUUUUAAUAAAGAUUACAAGUAUACUGAGAACGAAUAAAUAUUUAAAUAAAAAACAAAUAAGAUUAAA